CAUGCAAGCGACUCGACCCAUCAGUGUGUUUGCAGACUGCAGCAUCCCAGUCGGGCUGCGGAUAGGACCAGUCCCGGGCAUCUUCAAACUGGGGAAGAAUGUUUCGGACCGCAAGGAAGUUGGAGUCAAAAAGAAGAUUCGCCUGCUGAGGGGGGAAUUCGUGGACGAGUCUGGCAGUGCAGUUGCAGAUUGGAUUGGGUUAAUACGCGCGGCCAGAAAUAGUCAAGAACAGAACCUCGAGGCAGUCUCGGAUUUACCUGGGGGACAGAUAUUCUAUCGUGCGCUGAGAGAAAUUCAGCCUGGGGAAGAAUUGAGCGUUUGGUAUUCCAACUCACUGGCACAAUGGUUCGACAUUCCUACGACAGCAACUCCAACACAUGACGAAAAAGGAGAGGAGCGUUACAUUUGCUGGUAUUGCUGGAGAAUAUUCAAACACCCGAACACCCUGAAAGCUCAUGUGCAUUUCCACUGUGGAUUGAGCAAUGGCAGGGGCUUUGUGAGCACGAGCAACGAGCAAGCGAGAGGUCCAGAGAACUUCAACAGAUCUCCGAGAUCUGGGGACAUCCCGAAUAAUUCGUCCUCUCCGAAGAAUGGCCACAACAUCUUAAUGUCUGAUUCUGUGAAACGGGCAGUGUCCUCGUCGCCAUUCGCCAAUAAAGCGGGACUAUCGAAAAAGUCAAGCUCAGAGGAGCAGGACCGGGCCCUUGACAUGAGUGUGACCUCUGCCAGGAACCCCGGACACAUGCUGGGCCUCGGUGGGACAUCAUCUGUGCUUAACAGUAUUGGCUUCCAUCCCGGCGUCCGUUCUGCUUUCAAACCAAUGGGACUUUCACAUUUCUCCCUGGCUGAGGUAGCAAGAGAUGAGUCCAACGGAAAAUCAAACGGUAUCGGGUUCAGUAAACUGUUAGGAAACAUCAAGUCAGUGCGUUCCUUGAAUGCACCAUUGCCUAAUGCCCAUCCCUCCAAAUUCACGCACUCAAUGGAUACCACACCUGCUGUGAUUCCCUGUGCAAACUCAGUCCGUGGGUUUCCUUUACUGCCACAAUUUGAGGAGACCUCUGCUUUCAAGCAUGUUGACAGUCGCAAACACCUUGCACUGUCUCCAUCGCGCUACUCCCAACUACCUGCCGGCAUUCAUUUCGAGAGGUUCUCCUUGCCACAGUUUGAUGGUGGAAAAACGUACAAUGGAGACUGCAACAUACCCCUCAUGCCAUUUACUGUUUACAACGGAGAGCUCCUUUACAGUUCACCAUACUGUCCUCUAAAAUGUCACUUUGGCAACCUGCUCAAAUACCCAGACUCUGUUACCUAUUUCGGGGCACCUGCUUUGAAUCCAGAUCUGAAUACAAUUACGAACAUCGACAGGGAGAUAGCCAUGCAUACGCAACAGUUGUCUGAAAUUGCCGUAGAGAAAAACCGCUCAAGGCUGGAGUCCAUGCCCACGUCCAACCCAAACUCGGGCAAGCCCAAAAAGGGACAUCUGUGUCUGUACUGUGGCAAAUUGUACUCUCGAAAAUACGGGCUGAAGAUUCACAUGAGGACUCAUACAGGGUACAAACCACUCAAAUGUAAAGUUUGCUUUAGGCCCUUUGGUGAUCCUAGCAAUCUCAACAAGCACAUCCGACUGCACGCGGAAGGAAAUACUCCGUACAGGUGCGAGUUCUGUGGGAAAGUGCUCGUGCGCAGGCGGGAUCUGGAGAGGCACGUCAAAUCAAGGCAUCCAGGGCAAACUAUCAAAAAAUCAGAUGAUGACAAAAUGGACGGCAUCUUCGGAGAUGCCGAGCAAAAAGGCGACAAUGACAGCGACGUUGACGUUUGUUUCACAGAUGAUCAGAGCGACCAGGACUCGAGUAAAAAUAACGAUUAA